AUGUCCGCUAUGCUUGCUCGUAACCCAUUUGAUUGCAAGGAAAAUCAGCUUUUUUUCCUUGAACCAGCGAAAACUGCUUUUUCACUUGACAUCAAACCCAUAAGUUAUCCUGAUAAAUGUGAAUUAAAACAAUUAAAUCUUCUUACUAGACACGGAUCAAGAUGGCCAGAUCCAACUAGUAUUACGUCUUUUGACGAAUUGGAAAAAGUAUUUUCUAACGUUUCUGUUGCGAAAGAAUGGUACAAAAAUCCUUUCCCAAUGAGGAAAAAUUUUCAAUUAAUCAAAAGAGGGGAAAUCGAACCUUAUUUUGACGGUUUACAAUGUCGUAAAAGGUACAAAAAGUUUUGGGAUGGAGUCAAAUAUGAUCCGGAGGUUAUAAAAUUUCAGAGUACUCAAACUUCAAGAACCGGUGCGUCGAUAAUGUCCUUUAGUGAAGGAUUAUUCAAUGGUUACGGGCCAUUAGACACUUGUAAAAGUCAACCUAUUUUCUAUUGGAAUGUACCAACGGAUCAAGACGCCGAAUUAAGUCCGUAUAGCUCCUGUCGACGUUGGAACGAGACUGUUGGUUCUAAUAAUACAUUACAUGACGAACAAGUCUAUGAAUAUGGUAACAAGACUUUGGUACCAAUUGCCAAGAGACUUUCCGAAGAUUAUCAUAUUAGUCCACCUCUUGAUGCACGUCUAGUACCACAUAUUUUUAAUAAUUGCCAAUUUUGGCUCACUGUUUAUAAUCGAACCGAUGCAUGGUGUUCUUUAUUGAGUCCUAAAGAACUUUUAUUAUCACGAUAUUAUUGGGAGCUGGACUUUUAUUAUCGAUUCUCAUAUGGUAAUCCGCUUAAUUUACGAAUGGGUUGUAGAUAUGUUACUCGACUGGUUGAAGGAGUUGAAGGUUAUUUGUAUGGGAAUUCUACCGUGAUAGCUGAUCUAAAGAAUACUCAUGGUUUGACUAUGACGAUGGUGCUUACUACAAUCGGGGUAUUUAAAAACGAUUUCCCACUCACGGGAGAUUUAACCUUUGAACAAAUUCAAAAAGUCGUAUAUUCAGAAUGGCAGCUCAUACACUGGUCUUCUACGCUUUAUUUCGAAAUUUAUAAAUGUUCCGGUGAUCACGUAUACAUACGAAUCUUACUUGAUUUUAAACCGUUUUAUAUUCCGGAUUGUGGGGAAUAUUGUGAGUGGAACAAAUUUAAAAAGAUUCUUGGUGAUAAGAUUGGGUGUGACUACGAGAAGAUGUGCGCUUAUCCUUGA